AUGAUUCGCUUUCUUCUAUACGAAUGCGCAAUUGGACAUAACCAACUGAAUGCUAGUGAAAAUAGUCUCCUUAUGUGGGCCAUAGGGAAUAAGCAUUGUGAAGCUGUAAAGGAAAUGCUAUUUUUCGACUACCUUUUAUAUGGAAAAGAAUAUACCACAAUGGAAAGGAAAAAAAAAACGCACUACGGAUACCUGCUAAGUGCCCAUGACGAAAAAAAAAUAAACUCGAUGUAA